CUUGUUGGCGGGGGAGGAGUCGCGCGAGACCCGCCGCUGCUGCAGCUCACCGUUCGCGUCCCGGGGAUGCAGCCACGAAUUUAACGUCGAGCUGAACCGCACUGAAACCGCAGGCAGCCGCAGCGCGUCGAGGCCGACGGAACGAUUGUUGAGGACGUGAAUCGCCAUGGCUGAGCAGCAGAGGCAGCGUACCCUCUCCACCUCCGGAGAAUCUCUCUACCACGUGUUGGGUGUUGACAAGAUUGCCACUAAUGAUGACAUAAAGAAGUCCUACAGGAAACUUGCACUGAAAUAUCACCCUGACAAGAAUCCGGACAAUCCUGAAGCAGCAGACAAAUUUAAAGAAAUCAACAACGCCCAUGCCAUCCUGAAUGACCCCACCAAACGCAACAUCUACGACAAGUAUGGCUCCCUGGGCCUCUAUGUAGCCGAACAGUUUGGCGAGGAGAACGUCAACACCUACUUUGUCUUGUCCAGCUGGUGGGCCAAGGCACUGUUUGUGUUCUGUGGGCUGGCCACAGGCUGCUACUUCUGCUGCUGUCUGUGCUGCUGCUGUAACUGCUGCUGUGGGAAGUGUAAACCACGGCCACCUGAGGGACAGGACCCGGAGUUCUACGUCUCUCCUGAAGACUUGGAGGCGCAGCUGCAGUCUGAUGAGAGAGAGGCGGGUGGAGGUGAGCCCAUUGUCCUGCAGCCUUCAGCUACAGAAACCACUCAACUAACAUCCGAUGGCCACCACACCACCUACCGGACCGACACUGGCUUCAACUAAUGCUCACCGCCCUCCCCUGCCUCUGACACGUGGCCCUCCAUCUGCCACACUGCUCCCUCCCCCCAGUCUGAGGAACAACCAGAGGAGCGACUCCCUCAACAACAAAAAAGAAAAAGGCACCAUUGGCCAGGAGGAAAGCCAGUGAUCGUGGAAAACAAGCUGAACUCUUUCAAAUAUCCCUCAUUCUACCCUUAUCUCACAUCCACCACCAUCAUCAUUCUUUCAGAGUGGCUUGUAUUUGCCUCAGUGUAGCUUGGGAAAAAAAGCGUAAAAAAAAAACAAAACCACUAAGACGUUUGUUCUCCUGUUGUACUCCUUUUUUGGCCUUUGACUUCCAAACUUGCCUUCCCAUCAUCCUUUCCUCCAGCCAAACUUGCUCGCUGUCCAGUAGCAUGCACUGUUUCCCCGCCAUUGGUAGUUGAGGUUGAUUUUAAUUUUUUACUAAUGGAUAUAUUAAUGCACACAUUUGUUCCUGUUCAGAAGUCAGUUAUGGAUGUGUGUGUGUGGUUAACAGUUGGCUCACUUGGCUUUUUUUUGGAAGUGUGUAGGUAAGAAAUGCUGGUCUAACGUUGGAGUAGUGGUUGUUUCAUCAGUCCCAUUGCAUUUCUAGGAAGAGAAAAAGCUGAUGGUGAGUAGUUGUAGUUGUAGUUGUUAUAGGUUUUAAUUUAGGGCCCAGGCUCCUUGUUCAGUGUCCACCUCAUUAACCAAGUUUUUAUUUUUAACUUUUUUUUUUUCAAUCCACUGAUCCUGACAGAAAAGUCCUCUCCUUGCUCAUCAUUUCCCUUUGUUCAUAUUACAUGAGAAAAUUGCAAAAGAUGCCACCAAUAUUUCAGAAGAACUAUUUUCUUAAUAUUUAUUUAUUUAUUCCAUCUAAAAACUGUACUGUGUUAAGGUGUCGACCAACUGGAAAAGCUGAGCAAAAACUAAGUCUGCAUCAGUCGACUCAGAAUGACCUUUAACAUCAUAAGCUUGUGCGUUAUGUGGGUGUGUAUGGGUAUGUUGUACUAGCGUAGCCUUUUUAGGCUAUUUGGUCCUUCUUAGACUUUACGGCAUGUUCUGAGUCUUAGCAUUGGUCUUAUUGUUAUUGCUCUUUUGGCUUUGUAAUAUCCCUCAUCUCAUACUGUAAGGGACAUACAGACACAAACACAAACACAUUUUGUUGGUCUGUCGUAUCUCUACUACCCAAAUGUAUAUGUAAGAAGGAAGGAAAAAUCUAACGGUUUUUAUAUAGAUAUACAAUAUACACACGCUGUGUGUAUGUACAGUAUAUGUAUAUUUUGUGCAUUUUUACUUUGUAAUUGUUGACUCAUAUUUAUUAUAGUGUUCUUGAUCCUUGUGUCAUGUGACUGGUUUACUAGGGUGCCCCCUCCCCAUCUUUGUGGUCACUUGAGACCCUUAAGCCAAGAGGUAAUGUUGAUUGUGAGUAAAUUUGCCUGUGGUAGUUGGAAGUUGUUUUUUUUCUGGGGAAAGCCAUGCCUUUUAAUUGCUGUUUACUCCUCAGUGUUAAAACAGGACUAGGUCAGUUGGUCAGUCGGCAGAGUUGAGACAGUAAAUGAUGUUCAUACAUGCAGCUUCUAAAUCAGAAAACAAAACCCAUUUUCUGCAGCUUUGAGAGUAGAGGGGAGGGUCCUUGCAGUAAAUGUUACUGUUUAUGUUUAAGGUUUUAAUUCGUUAUGGACGGUAUGUUGUGAGUCAUAUGAAAUUUCUGAACUGUUGUUUUGUGAGAUGUAGGCUCUGAAAAAUAAAGGUGCUUUAAAUGGUUUUUGAGUGAUGCCAUAGAAGAAUCACUUUUAGUUCAAUAAAAACCAUAUUUGAAAUGAGAUACGAGUGAAGUGAUUCUUCAAACCCACAAAAUAAUUCAAAUAUUAGUUUAAAUUUGAAAUAAAUACAGCACAACAAUCAAAUAUAGCCUUGACUUAAAUCACCUUCUGAUAUUUAAUUGCGAAAGACCCUGUUUUUAACCAUUUAUCCGUGUUCCAUACAAAAAGAAACGUUUUACUUAUUAACAUAAUUGCUAAUCCACGAACAAGCUUUGUCAGUCAUGUGACUGUACUAUGCAGAUCAACAAGUGUAACCUUAAAAUAUUUUUUUUGUAAACUAACUCACUUAUCUUAUUAUAUAUGAACGAUUUUAUUUCGAUUUACUGAUUAUAACAAAAUAUAACCAUUUUUUUGGGGAAAAGGUCCCUACUAUUACCACUAUGGCCCACUAGGCAUCCCCCACCCAAAAGUUAAAAACCACUGCUGACAUAUAACAGGGUCUUCUUAAACAUCUUUCUUACAUCUCUUAUCACAUGGCAUUAAUCAGAGAAACAUUUAAUCAGGCAUGUUUUUUUUUUCGAGUUUAAUUGUGUAGUUUGUAAGCUGAUUAAAGCGAGGCUUCUGCAACACAGUCAGCAUUUCACUCCUCAUGUAAUGUUAGUAAAUAAAGGAACUGAUACGUUUUCAGUGAGCAGCUAAAUGUUUAACAGAUUGUGUUCUGAGCCAAAGUGUGUGACAUUUCUUUAUUUUACGAUAACCACUUAGCCUGAUGCUUGUUACUUUUUGUGUCUCGUUUUAUUAUUAUGUAACGUUACCUUCUUUUUGCGAAGUAAUCAAUCCUGAGAGUGAGUAGUGCUCUGUUUACGUUCUGUGUCCUGAGUGAAGCUGGUAGUUUGGAUUGUUAUGGGUGCUGUAUCCUUAAUUAUAUACAGUAGUUCAAGGUGGCCAUAUACAUAAACCUACAUGUCUCUAAUCAACUGUUCUUUACCUUAACCAAGUGCUUUAACCUCCUACAGAUUUUGCUAGAUCUUGUCUGCAUUUCUAACUACGAAAAUAUAAGAAGAUUAAGCUGCUUAUCAUUUCUAGAUCAUCCUCAGCUUGUACAUUUUACAUGAACAUUUCCACCGCAUUUGCCAAUCCUUCAGCCCACUUUUUAGGGUGUGUUGAUGCUCAUUUUGUGACUUACUGGCUGACCAUGCAAUGAUUUUAUGCAGAAAAUUAUUUUAGCUGCACUCAGAACAGAAACUUAGUAGUAAUCAUGUCACCAGCCAUGCUCGGUCAUCUGUCUCUUUCUUCAGAGUUUCACAGAGUUGUGUACACUGAGCCUGCGAGCACAGUCCUCUUCUUACUCUAUCACUGGGACACUCUUCUCUGUGCAUUCUCUGUGCACCUCUCUCUUGCUCACUCCCUGUCUUUCCCUGUUGUUCCCCUGCUCUUGAUGGCUUUUGAUGGAUGUUUGCCUCUGUGAUCCUCUCCUGUGCAUUAUUUCCCUUCUCCCUUCCACACUUCCAUUGAUAUAUGCCUACUAUGGCUUCUACAUUGAAAUGUUGGAAAAAUGCAACAUGUUUUAGUUGAAUGCAAUGGAAUAACAUGACCAGGAAAAAAAAUAUCCUUAUAGUCUUCGGAAGGAAGAAAAAUGUGUGUAAUUAUAGUGAGACGGUAAAUUGCAUUUUUCUAUUUAAUUUAUUACCUUAUUUUGUCAUGUUUUUAAAGAUUUGUCCUUGUUUCAGAUGGUAUGUUAUUUGGAUGUGGCUAUGAAACUAUGCGACUCAUAGUUCAAUGGUUAAGGUCUCAUGUACAUACACUGAAUAAUGAAGUAUAAUAAUAGACCUUUUAUGUUGUAGCAUGGUUAUUGUCUGUCUGAAAGAAGAAAAAAAUAUCUGGUUUGCUGGUGUAAAAUAAAUGUUUAUGAACAUUU